AUGAAGAUCGCCAUUCUCCAAUUCAAUCCGACUCUGGGCGAGGUCGACCAAAACAUCUCCCACGCCAACAACCUCCUCUCAACAUGCACAACAACCCUCGACCUCCUCGUGCUCCCAGAGAUGGCAUUCUCAGGCUACAACUUCUCCUCCCUCUCCCACAUCCAACCCUACCUCGAACCCACCGCCUCCGGCCCAACAACCCAAUGGGCCGUGAAAACCGCCAAAGAAAGAAACUGCACCAUCAUCGUCGGCUACCCCGAAAAAUCCGACGACGAAAAACGCUACAACUCCACAGUCACCGUCGGCCCCUUGGGCCAGAUCCUCGCAAAUUACAGGAAAUCUUUCCUUUACUAUACCGACGAAACUUGGGCGUCUGAAGGUUUCUUAUCGACGUCUACGCACACACCUUUCUUCGCAUCCACCAUCUCAACGCUCUCACCCAAACUCCCGAAUAAUUCUCCCGUGGGGCAUGGCAUAUGUAUGGAUAUCAAUCCCUAUAAAUUCUCCUCGCCAUGGACGAAUUACGAGUUCGCGACACAUAUGCUCAGAAAUCGCUGUCAUUUGGUUGUGUUGUCAAUGGCUUGGCUGACGAGGCUGACGCCCGAGGAAUGUUUGACGAAUCCUGAGAGACCGGAUAUGGAGACGGUGGCGUACUGGUUAGAGAGGUUUUGGCCGUUAGUGGAUUCUCAGCCGAGUGAACCGAUCAUUGUGGUUUUUGCGAAUCGGUGCGGGAGUGAGGGUGGGGCGUUGGGGGAUCGAGUGGCUUAUGCGGGGAGUAGUUGUGUUAUGAGGUUUCAGAUGGGGAGUGUGAAGUUGUGGGAGCACGAUGUGGGCAGUAUGAAGGGUGAUGUUGGGUUGCUUGGGAAGGGGGAGGAGGGAGUGCUUGUAGUGGAUACGGGGAAGGCGGCGGGCUUCUUGUUGCAGCAGAAGACGGGAGUGUGA